CCGGCAGUCAGUCGCUCGCCGACACUCUCGCUGCCCAGUACAUGAGAGACGCGAUGCAACUUGCCUCCGCUUGACGCAUUCAAUCCGUGUGUGUGUGCCUUCGAUUCGUGGCCGGAGCCCAUUCGAUUGGUCCUUAGUGCACCCGGUCCGUAUCCUGUGAUCCUGUGCUACUUGCAGUGAGCUGUUCAGGGAGCUAUUGCAGUCAGCAGUUGGGAACCCUCGAUCCGACGGCUCAGCUGACCGGCGCGCCCAUUGCCCAAACGCACGGUACGUACCGGCUUUUCUACACACGCAAGCUUCAAUUAUACCAGUAGCGUGUGUCGCUCGGCUAGCGCGGGCGCGGGCGCAGUCAGCGCGGUGACGGUCGCGGGAGCGGGCGCGGGCGCGUGCGCGGCGCGCAUGGCUAGCGCGGGCGCGCAGUACCGCGGCGGCGCGCAGCAGUGGGCCGCUGCAUACGCGCCGCAGCCCUGCCGCUACCCGCCGCCACAGCAGCACUACGCAGCGGCACCCAGCCCUUUCACUCCCCAUCAGACUUUGAUUUUGCAGUACACGAGUGCAACGAUGGGGGGAGGUUGCGGCGCCACGGGUACGAGGGUACCGACGGCUGCAUCGCCGGCUAACACGGCGUCCAGCUCGUCGUCCAACUCCGCGGGGGGUACUCGAUCUACCAGCCUAAGUACCGCCCCCCCUCCGCCCGCCUCCUCAGCCUCAACUACAGGCGCGUCCGGCGAACAACUCAGCCGCACCAAUCUCUACAUACGCGGCCUGAGCCAGACCACAACCGAUAAAGACCUCGUCCAAAUGUGCCAGAUGUAUGGCAACAUAAUAUCAACAAAAGCAAUAUUGGAUAAAAAUACAAAUAAAUGUAAAGGUUACGGUUUUGUAGAUUUUGAAACAAUCGCGUCAGCUGAGGCCGCUGUAAAAGGAUUACAAGCCAAAGGUGUUCAGGCCCAAAUGGCUAAAGUGGGUAUCUGGUUCCUGCGUAGACUGAACCGUCAACAGGAACAGGAUCCAACCAACCUGUAUAUGGCCAACUUGCCACCGCACUUUAAAGAGAACGAUGUUGACCAACUGUUGGCCAAGUUUGGUCAAGUCGUGUCCACGAGGAUCCUGCGUGAUACCCAUGGACACAGCAAAGGCGUAGGCUUCGCAAGAAUGGAGUCUAGAGAAAAAUGCGAGCAGAUUAUCCAAAUGUUCAAUGGAAAUCCGAUACCGGGCGCUAAGGAGCCUUUGCUUGUGAAGUUUGCCGAUGGGGGUAAUAAGAAAAAGGCCCUGUAUAAUAAGCAGAAUGACAACAACGGUAGAGUGUGGCGAGACAACAAUGAUUCGAUCACUCAGGCGAUGAGUGUGACGGGUGUGUACGCUAGCGGUGUCGGCGGCGCCGGCGGGGAGUGCGGCGUGUACCGCAGUAAUGUAUACGGCGUGGCGUUCCAUCCUCAGCUCCACGCUCCAGCCUGGCUGCCGUACGCGGCACUGCUGCCGCCCGCCCAUCACGCGCCCCACGCCCCGCACCCCGCACACCCCGCACACCCACAGCAUCUGCCCAUCGAUACCGUGCCUAGUCAAUAUGUGAACUGGGACAGCUUAAGGCCGGAAAAUGAAUUAUACUACUUCGCGUCGCACCCUUACCAGUAUUUCACUGGUCCAACACCGCCCAUCAUUCAGAUGCCGAUGGAGAGCGAGCAUGCGUCGACGGCCGCCUCCCCGGACGAGGCCUACCAGCCUUACCCCCCCAAGUAGACCGUAAGCCUAUCCAAGCUGUACACGAGCCAAAAAUCAAAGCAACUGUGACUUUAAAAUGUUAAUUUGUUUUAGUUUUAAUUUGCGUUAUGGACUUCAUCGAAAGCUAUGUGACAAUGUUAGCCUUUUUUCUUGGCAAUUUAUGCCUUUUUAUUUAUUUGUUGGGCUUUCAUCCGACACGGCUUUGUGCUGAUUGCGAUUCGCUGUUUGAUGAGGUCUUUUGACGGUAUCGGGGAGAGGAUUGGAUGUAUAGAUAUAGCUGCAAUUUUAAAUGUGUUUUUAAAUUAUAAUUUUAUUAUUGUUUUAUGGAAUUUUUUAAUGUAAGAUUUUAGGCGCAGGUUUUGAACAUGUUGACACGAUUAUUUAAGAUAGUUAGGUAUUUAUUUUAGCAUAAUUUAAUUUCAUUGAUUUAAAAAGAAAAUUAAUUAUCGUCUAAAGAAAAUUUAUUUUAUUUAAACACAAUUGUAGUAGACUUUCCAAAAAAAGUGAAAUCACUAACCGUGUAUCUAAACGAUGUGCAAUCCGGAUUCUCAAAUGUAUUAGAAAAUUUAUAUUCCUUUGUAACAAAAACUUUAUUUCGUGUUUGAGAUCGAUAGUCGUGAGAAAGCAAUAUCUGUGCGGGUAAUUUAAAGAUGGUAAGGGAAAAGGUCAUAUCAUGUGGAAACAAAUUUAUAUGCUACCAAAUUGUAAAGUAUGAAACGACUAAUUUGUUAUAAGAAAGAUUUAUCACAGUUUAGACGUCGUGCAAAGGAUUAUUGCGGAGAUUUAAAAUCUUUCGUGUAACUUGUAUUUUUAAAAUACAAGAGAUGUAUCGUAAAUGACAAACACAACUAAUAUUUUACCAUUUCGAUUAGACUUUUAAUAGACGACGUAGGUGUUUUCGACAACCGCUUGGGGUUAUAGUGGUUAUAUGUAUGUAUAUGUUCAAAAUGUGUUUGGCAUGGUGCUUUAGUCAUUUUAUUUGGAAAAUGAUACUAUAUAUAUAUAAAACUAUACAGUAUUAUCUACAUAAAUCAAUCAUACUGGUGCAGUCUUCCAAUUGCAAGUACAUACAUAUAUUUAAAGCACGUAUAAAAUAUAAUUUAUCGAUUCAUGGUUUUUGUUUAAAACGUAUCACACAUAAGCCAGUGGUAACCUUCGGCUAUCUCAAGACGCUUAUACAUUAUUACUACUACCUAACUUGUCCUAGAGUUAACUUCUCGUGGUUGUACGCGUUUCUAUCACAGCUUUUGUUUAUGUUUCAAUACACGAAAUAAUAUUUGAAAACGAUGUUGCCAACUACAGACUGAAUUUAUGUAUACCGUAAAGUUCCAGAUGACUAUUUCUUGAUCCGAGUUUUGAUUAAAUUGAUUAAUUAAUUAUUAGUUUUGGAGGGAAGCGUAUGUGUGACACGAGUGAGUAACUGUUAAGUGGCAACCCUGGUAACCUACGAGACUAAGGUUGCCAGCGCCUCGCGCAGGCUCAGGCACGCUGGUAAGCAACAUUAGCAAUAAGCAGUUGUAUGUAAAGUCUAUUUAUACAUUUUACGAGUCUAUACAAAUUUUUGUACAUUGAAACUCAUGUUUGAAAUACGUGAAUGAAGUGAUCCUUUUUUGAGAAUCAUGUACUGAAUCAAACGUAGUUGUUAUUUUUAGGCGGUCGGCACAUUCCACUAGAAAACAUCAAACAAAAAUUCCACGAUUGAUUUCCACAUUAUGAAAAAACACGGAUUCGAAAUCCGACGUACGGAAGCCGUUUUGGCGUAACAUUUUGUACCAUCACGUAGGUUUUGGGUACACUUUAUGACUUUAUAUAAAAUUUGAUAUUUUUAUAUUGAAUAUAUAUAAAUUAUACAUGGAUAUGUAUACAUGUAUAUAUUGUUGAUGGGUACGAGUAAAAGCCUACUAUAUCGCAACUGUUUAAUUCUAUUUUGGCACGUCAAGUUUCAUCAGAACCAAAGUAUACAAAUCAUUUAAAUCGAGUAAGAAGUAGGGAAAUAUUUAUACAACCCAGGGACUGAAGACUAGCUAAAUGUUUGAUAUAUUAACUGUAUUUUAACUGGCUAUAAGGAGAUAACUUCUUUAUUCAAAACCUGUGAACCGACUUAUAAUAAAACAAUACAGGAAAUGAAUUAGAUGACGGCAGGUUUUGAAUGAACGACGUAGACUUUGAACGAAUUAGUAGAUUUUAUUAGUUUGAUUCAAAUUUUCAGAAAUAGACUGAGAUCGAAUAAUUGACUUACAAGUUGAUAAAAUAUUUGCAGUUUAGAAACAAUAAUAAUUAAUUAAACAUUAACAUUGAAUGGAAUGUAUAAAAUUGUUAUAUUUUUUACUUAGACACUACGUAAUUUACCUACCAUUGAUAAGCUGACUGCCUGACUGACAUACAUUCAGUGUGUAUUUACCUAUAAAGCAAAAUCAUCGGUACAAGAUUGCAUCGUGAAAUCAGUACCAAUAGUUUCUACUUUCGUCACUCACAAGUCAUCGAAGAUACGAAAUUAUCCGGUAAUUUUUGAGUGAACGAUCUGUUCUUAGGUGCUAUUGAUAUUUGGUCUGACGGUGAAAACUCUAGUUUUAACGAUUCGGAGAAUUUGUUAUUUACACAUAUAAAUGUCAUCGGCCUUGUAAAUACGACACUGAACGUAUAAUAACUCCGUAGAUCAGUGAUGUAUGUACCUAAUUACCAACUUAAUCUCUGAUCAGGCCAAAUAUCUUAAACUGACUGUACCGCCUUGAUUCGUUGACAAUUUAAAAACAAGUGACAUUCGUAAUGCGAUGGACAACUGUCGCGUCGUAUAUAGUUUAGUAAUUCGAUCGUAUUGUUCGAAGUACAAUUGUGGCUUCCUGUAAAUGCAGUCUUCCGAUAGAUGUUUCCGCUUUUGCAUUUAUACAUUGUGGUCAUUAUAUAAACAUUUUGGUUUUAUUUUGUUUAACCUAACCAGGGUCUUAGAUUCUCCCAUUCCGUAUUGGUGUCCAUUUAAAAAGAUUGUUUUUUUCAUUCCACAGUGCUGACAAAACUCCCCAAAUAUAAUAGAAUAUACAAAAAUAUGUGACUAAUAGUAAGUAUAGUGUGUCGCGAAAAGAAUAUAUUGUGUGUAGUGUAGUUUACCGUCAAAAACAAGAUAUUGAUGUAAUUCAGUACGAGUUAUUUUUGUAAUGCUUUCCUUCCAUUGAAGCAAUAAACCUAAUUUGAUGGUAGUGCCUUCAGCUUUGUUAAAUAAUGAACAGUUAACAAUAAUAUAGCAGUUGCAAGUGCUUUACACAAUAUUUUUACAGGUCAUAAGACGACUUACCGUAUUCAUAGACGUAGUAAUAAUAUUAAAUUGUGGUUAAAAUAUUUUGUACUAACGACUAAAGGAUAUAAUGUGGCUGUCUAAUCGUUGCAUUUUUCACACAUGAUGUAAGGAUUAAUUCGUGGAUAUAAAAUCGUAGAUGUUCCUAGUUAGACUCACUUCAACAUUCUUGACAUGUGUCGUUAUGAUACGUUACAAUGAGAUUAUUGAUGAGGAUUUGUUAUAAUGUAUAAGGAGAGCUACUCAAAACUAAAAGCACAAAAAAUGCAUAUUGAGGAACCAAUUCCUAAAUACCAAAACUGCGAUAAAACUGUUUAAUCAUGUCGAUGAAUAGAAGUGUUAAGAAAAUGUUUUUAAAAUUAAGUCAUUUAGUUUUUAAGAGAAUGUUGACUCGUUUUACAACGGUGAAGUGACAGGUUAACGGAGCGGAUAUGAAUUGAAGGUUAUCUUUAGGGUUUAGGUUUAACUAUAGAUAGGUUAGAAUAGUAAAAAAAAUGUUUCGAUGCUAAGAUAAAUAGAAUAGCCUUAGAAUAUGUAGGAUCGCGACCCGUGAGCGCCUCACGCCGACUCUAGGGUAGUUUCCUUUGUUAGUUUAUUAAAUAAUUUAAUUUGAAUGGACUGAAGUCGGUGAGCGGUGCGAACGCGGUGGCGCCACUAGCAUAAGAGAUUUAAGAAAAAUAGUGACACUUUUGGAUAAGUUUCAGUUGAACAAGUUUUGCUUUCACCUCUUCUGUUAUGUAGUGGACUAAGUGUAAAAGAAAACUAAAUGAAAAAAUCAGUGGGAAGUGUCGAUACGAUUGUAUUUGUCCAAUGUGUAUUAAUAUAGUGUGGUGUUCUACCCAGCAGACUAGUCUAGACUGUAGAAUAGUUUAGGUAACAAUUUAGUUAGGUAGCCUAGGAAUACGAAAUGCAAAAAAAUAAAACUUCAUAAAAUGUAAAAAAAAAGAUGAAAUUGUUGGUAAGAAAGAUUAUUUUUAAGGGACAUGUUGCUUCGUUGUGUUAUGAUGUGAGGUUUGGCAUAACUAUGAUAAUAGUGUAAAAGCAUUUCUCGCAGAGAAAAGACAUAGAGGAAAGUUAUGUAUCUAUUUUGUUACAAAGUGUUUGCAAGUUUCUAUAUAAUGCUAUAAGCAUUUUAUGUGACCCGCAUUAUUUAUAGUUAUGCUGAAUGGAGACUAAAAUAUAUAAAUAAAAACAAAAUGGUACUAAGAAGCAUGUUUUAUUGUGACGACUCAUGUUCCUUUGCAUUGAACAUAUUUUGUAAGAGCAAAUGAUUGAAAUAAAACAAGCAAAACCAAA